CCCCCCCCCCAGAGGCCUGACGCAUGGGGCUCAGCUGACCACAAGAGCUUGAUUCUGGGGACUGGGGAGCUGGCUCAGGCUGGGACCGGGGGCUGAGAGCCAAGCAGGGACAAGUGAGGUUCAGAAGGCACGUGGGCGUGUCUUGAAGUCGCACAGCCAGACCCAGUUCCACCCUUUGUCAUCUCGGCUCCACCCCUCCCCACGGGGGCCUCCUAGUCCAUUCUGUGGUCAUGGACACAAAGCUGGCUGUCCACGAGGAUGUGCCUCCCGUGGUCUCCUGGUUCCCGGAGGAGGGCGAGAACUUGGACCAGGAAGGCGAGGACCAGGUGAAAGAUCGGGGCCAAUGGACCAACAAGAUGGAGUUUGUGCUGUCAGUGGCCGGGGAGAUCAUUGGGCUGGGCAAUGUCUGGAGGUUUCCUUAUCUCUGCUACAAAAACGGAGGUGGAGCCUUCUUCGUCCCCUACUUCAUCUUCUUCUUCAGCUGUGGCAUCCCGGUGUUCUUCCUGGAGGUGGCGCUGGGCCAGUACACCAGCCAGGGCAGUGUCACGGCCUGGAGGAAGAUCUGCCCUCUUUUCCAGGGCAUCGGUCUGGCAUCUGUGGUCAUUGAAUCCUAUCUGAACAUCUACUAUAUCAUCAUCCUCGCCUGGGCCCUCUUCUACCUGUUCAGCUCCUUCACCUCCGAGCUGCCCUGGACGACUUGCACCAAUUCCUGGAACACAGGGCACUGCAAGGACUUUGUGAACCACUCAGGAGCCAGCACAGUGAGCCCCUCUGAGAACUUCACCUCGCCCGUCAUAGAGUUCUGGGAGAGACGGGUGCUGGGCAUCACAUCGGGCAUCCAUGAGCUGGGAGCCGUGCGCUGGGAGCUGGCCCUAUGCCUCCUGCUCGCCUGGGUCAUCUGCUACUUCUGCAUCUGGAAGGGUGUCAAGUACACUGGCAAGGUUGUCUAUUUCACAGCCACGUUCCCCUACCUCAUGCUGGUCAUCCUGCUGAUCCGAGGGGUCACACUUCCCGGAGCCUACCAGGGCAUCAUCUAUUACCUGAAGCCGGAUUUGCUGCGCCUCAAGGACCCCCAGGUGUGGAUGGACGCAGGCACUCAAAUCUUCUUCUCCUUUGCCAUCUGCCAGGGCUGCCUGACGGCCCUGGGAAGCUACAACAAGUUCCACAACAACUGCUACCGGGACUCCAUCGCCCUCUGCUUCCUGAACAGCGCCACCAGCUUUGUGGCCGGCUUUGUUGUCUUCUCCAUCCUGGGCUUCAUGUCCCAGGAGCAGGGGGUGCCCAUUUCCGAAGUGGCUGAAUCAGGUCCUGGCCUGGCCUUCAUCGCAUUCCCCAAGGCCGUGACCAUGAUGCCCUUGUCUCAGCUGUGGUCCUGUUUGUUCUUCAUCAUGCUUAUAUUCCUCGGGCUGGAUAGCCAGUUUGUCUGCAUGGAGUGCCUGGUGACAGCCUCCAUGGACAUGUUCCCCGGGCAGUUGCGCAAGAACGGGAGGCGUGAACUCCUCAUCCUGGCUAUCAGUGUGGUGUGUUACCUGAUAGGGCUCCUGCUUGUCACCGAGGGCGGGAUGUAUGUCUUCCAGCUGUUCGAUUAUUAUGCCUGCAGUGGCAUAUGCCUGCUCUUCCUCUCAGUGUUCGAGGUCGUGUGCAUCAGCUGGGUGUACGGGGCAGACCGUUUCUAUGACAACAUCGAGGACAUGAUUGGCUACCGGCCGUGGCCCCUGGUGAAGAUCUCCUGGCUCUUCCUAACCCCUGGGCUCUGCCUGGCCACGUUCCUCUUCUCCCUCAGCAAGUAUACCCCUCUUCAGUAUAACAAUGUCUAUGUGUACCCCGCCUGGGGUUACUCCAUUGGCUGGUUCUUGGCGUUCUCCUCCAUGGCCUGUGUCCCACUCUCCAUCAUCAUCACCCUCCUCAAGACCCAGGGCUCCUGCAAGAAGCGCCUUCGACAGCUCAUCACCCCUGACUCCAGCCUGCCACAGCCAGCACAGCUGUGUCUGGACGGUGGCAGCGGCCAGGGCUGCAGACCGUCCCCAGCGAAGGAUGGACUGAUCACUGGUGUGAAGGAGACUCGCUUGUAGGAC